AUGCCAAUCUCCAAGGACAUAAAGAUAGAGGCGGAGAAUGAGGAAAAAGUGGGAAUUAAGAUGGAGCCACAGAAGUGGGAAGAGGUGAAGAAAUCCGAAGAAGAGCUGAAGGAUGAGAAAAAAAAGAAGAAGUCAAAAAAGCAUCUCAUUCCAGUUGUUCGUUUCUUGAAUCUUUCCUCUUCGGCUGUGAGCUCUAGUACUUCCUCUGUAAUUCAGCUAGAUUCAGAUGCAGGUGAAAGGUCUGUGCAUAGGUCCAUUGAUUCUAGCUCCAUUGUCUCAGUAGAAAGUAAGGUGGAGUGUUUGGUGAAAUUCCUGCUCUUUAAAUAUCAAUCAAAGGAAUCUAUCAUCACUGAGGAAGAAAUGCUGGUGAUGCUGGGAGGUGGGUCUGAGCAAUUCCCUGUUAUCUUCAAGAGAGCCUCUAAGUACUUGGAGGUGAUAUGUGGUAUUGACAUCAAGGAAUUAGAUCCUAGUAUUCCUUCUUAUGUCAUUUUCAACUCACUGAACUUUACCUGUGAUAGGAUGCCUCGUGGCAGUGGGCAUAUACCUAGAAGCGGUCUCCUGGUAAUAGUCCUGGGUGUGAUCUUCAUGGAGGGCAACUGUGCCCGUGAGGAAGCUAUGUGGGAUUCCCUCAAUGUUAUCGGGAUUGAGUCUGGAAUAAGUCACUUCCUUUAUGGUGACCCCAGGAAGCUACUUACCAGGGAUUUGGUACAAGAGAAUUACUUGGAAUACCGGCAGGUGCCUAAUAGUGAUCCUCUGUGUUACGAGUUCCUGUGGGGCCCAAGGGCCUGUGCUGAAAUCAGCAAGUUAGAUGUUAUGCAGUUUUUGCUUAAGAUCAAAAUGACAGAGCCAAGUACCUUCUUAUUCUGGAGUAAUAAGGCUUUAAGAGAGGAGGAAAAGAAAAAGACGGCUGGCCCCAGUGAUAGUGCCACUGCCAUGUGA